AUGGGUGAUGAGGAAACUGAAGUCCCUCCGACUCCUCACACCUCCGAUUCACUGCUCGAAAAUCAAGCAAAUAUUGGAUGGCACUCAAUUCGUCAUGGAAUGGGUCCGCCCUUGCACACCCCGGAAACUCACAGAGGAUAUGAGCAUCGUGGCACUACACAGAAUUCUCAUCAAUCGAGAUUCGCUAAGAAUCCCUUGGUUGACAGAGAUCCGUCUUUUGCCCAAACCCCAGAUGGCCGAUUCUGGUACAUGGGACCAACGUCGUCAUGGUCAUUCUGUCGCCGUGUCCUAGCAUUGAUAGGCAGAAAGGUACCUGAGUCGAACUGUCCCCCUGAUCCAUUCCAUAUUGAUGGAACAGCGUUCAAGUUGCACUGGCGGCCUUUCCCGCCGGAUGAAGUGCCCGAUGUUACUAAUCUGCCACCAUUGGACUACGCGCUGUUCUUGUUCAAUACCGUCAAGUUCUAUUUCGGCUUUCUUUCAUUCAUGAUUGACGAGACUGCUUAUCUCCGUGACCUGCACGAGUUCUACAGAGACCCAGCCGCGAAAGCAGCGGCGGCAAGGCCAUGGUAUUGCCAGUAUCUCCUUGUUUUGGCAUUUGGAAAGGCAUUCUUGACACAAAAGAACCACUCGGGAAGUCCUCCCGGCCAUCAAUAUGCAUCCCGAGCAAUGGCUCUCUUGCCAGAUUUGUCGGGCAUUGACGAAGACCCCCUGGCUUGCAUUCAGGCCUUGAGCUUAGGGGCUGUGUAUCUUCAGUCAAUAGACAUGAGAAGGGCGGCGUUUCAGCAUAUUGGUCAUGCCCUACGUGGCUGCAUCAUUGAAGGCAUCCAUCGACAUGUGCCCGAAGAAAUUUGCGGACCCGAACUGUCUCAAAAGUGUCGAACAAUAUUCUGGGUGGUGUACAUGUUGGACCGCGAGUUCUCCGCUUUGAUCGGUGCACCAAGUUCAAUUCGCGAUGAAGAUAUCACCGUCAAACUGCCUGCAGAGAUGGAUGAUUCAGUGGAGCACAUAAACUUGACAUUGCAUGUCCGACUUUCUCGGCUCAUGGCAACCAUUCUCACGACCGUCUACGGAGUAGAUAAUGACUUUGAUGACACGCUUGUUCGAAGCACACAGUCCAUCCUUCACAGCAUGGCUGAGCUUUCUCAUGAUCUUACGGAAUUUCUCAACACUCACUUUCACGGGUUAAUUAGCCGAGCCUCAAAAAUGGCUAUUAGAUUGAUGCUGGCUCAUCAUCAUUGUGUGGUCUUGACAACUAGACCGCUGGUAAUGUGUGCACUUCACAUGCAUAUUGAACGAACAGAGAGACAAACCUCCCAAACAAUCGCCCUAUCCGCCCCUGUCUCUUCACUUCUACAAUGUUGCGCUGAGUCCGCACAAACGAUCCUUCAAACUCUUCGUGUCCUCGCCGACGAUGAUUUGAUGGAUGCCUUCCUCCCCUUUCAAAUCGAAGAUGCAUCGUCAUCUGCAUUCGUCCUUUACCUUAUUCGUGCGAUUGCACCAUCCGUCAUUUCAAACGACUCUUGGUGUGAAAACCUGGAGUGUGUGCUAGAUAAACUAAUUUCAAAGGGAAACCUGGCUGCGCCCCUUCGAAGACUUGAGUUGAGGCAGUUGGAGCAUGUAUUGGCACCUUUGACGCCGAAACAAUCCUACCGCCUGCCUCCAGUGAGUUCCCAAGAAGGGAAUGAAGUUCACGAAGAGUCAUAUCUCUUCGAUCAAGAGGAGUUCGAAUGGGAUAUGCUGGGCCUGAACUCUUCUGUUAGCCUUCCGCCGCGAGAGUUGCUAGACCUCGCAGAUCAGCUAGAUAUGGAGGGUAUCAUGCAGUCUGUUGGGGCCUGA